AUGGAACACUCAUUAAAUGUGGCUGGUAACACUGUGAGGAAACAUGUUUAUCCUUUGAAAAUGGAAAUUCUGCCCUUGAAUGAUUCAAUACAUGGAUCAAAAGAUAAUAAUGUUGUCCAAUCAACAGUGCAAGAUUUACCAAAGGAAAGUGAAAUAGAUAUUUCUCCGAAUAGAAUUAUCACCACGAUCACACAGAAGGAUUUACAAACAAAAACUAGCAAGAAAAGAGAGCAUGGUGAUUUGGAAUAUAAUAAUAAUAGUAAUACUGAAGAAAAUGAUGAAAGUUUUAGAUUUAAAAGACAUAAAAAUAGGUCUGGUGUUCCUACUUUAGGCGAGAGACUAGAUUUAUUACAGCAAAAUAUUCCUCCAAAGAGAAUGGAAAAUUUUGAUUCAUCUUUUCCGGUACAACCAUCAUCUCAAAAUAACAAUCACAAUCUCAACAAUAAUCAUAACAGAGACGAUAAUCAUAACAGGGUUUAUAAUAAAUUAUCCAAAAAUGAAAAUUCUGGAUUUGAUUCUAUUCAGUCGCCAACUUCUUCUUCACUUGGUAGGAGUAACAAUCAAAGUAAAUUAAAUGUCCCAACAUUAUUACCACUAAAUCAAAAUUUAGAAUAUUCAAAUCAAAUGUAUCCAAUGUAUUAUGUACCUGUGCCGACAUCUCCAAUAAAUCCGCAGUAUUAUGCGUCUGAUUACAAUGCAAAUUCUAAUAAUAAACCUAAUGAUCCCAAUAGAAAUAUUCGGUCGAUUCCAGCGAUACCAAAUGCAUUUUUUCAGUAUCCACCAAGCUCACAACCUGUUGUACAACCAUUUCCUCAAUUUGUUCCCAUACCGACAAAUAUUAAUGAUUUGGGUAAACAGCCUACUUCUAAUAAAUAUACAUUGUCCAGUAAUCGUAGUAGAAGGUUGUCCAUUGUAUCCAAUCGAGAAAAUAGUAUGAUUAUGCCUCAUCCUGAUAUAUCUACUAAAGAAUAUUAUAGGCAUUUGACAAAUACAAAUGCAUCCAAUAAGUUAAAGCAAUUAUUCACCUGGUGUGCAAUUAAGACCUAUCAAGAUUUUAAAGAAAGAAAUUCUACUUUUUUAAAUAAACAUUCUUACUAUGGUAUAACUGAUCCUACUCGUACAGUUUCUACAUAUUUAGAUACCAAGAGAAUGACAUUAAGUAUUAUUAACGACUUCAUAAAUGACUUACAGCAUGGUUCAUUGGAUAUUGAUUGGAGUCCUCCAUCUAAUUCAAAAAAUACUACAAAUAAACAGGGAAAGGAAACCAUAGUAAGAUUAAAUAAUAGUAAUGGAGAUAAUAUAGAUUUAGACUUGAAUGAGGAUCCUAUUCUAGAGGAAUUAUUUGAUGAUGAAGAUAAUAUAAGUGAAAUUAGUAAAAAUGACCCAGAUAAUGUUACAUAUUAUUAUGAUGGGCUCAAUAUGAAGAAAUUUAAGAAAAACAAGGAUAAACAAUUAGAUAAUAAAUCAAGUAAGAUCAAAAAGGGUCCCAAUAUGCAACCUAGGAAUAAAUUAUUACAGAAAUUGUUACCAAAUCCGAAGAAUGCCGAAAACGAGAAAAAUCUGGAGCUUUUAAAUACAAGGAUCGGUAAGUUGAAAGAUGAAAUUGAUGAGUGGAAAAAAGUUAUUGAUGAAAAGCAUCCAGAUUCUGAAUGGAAUUCGGUCAUAAAAUUAAGUGGACAAGAGCAUGAUACUAGUAGUAUAAAAGAAAAUAUGGAUCCUGAAUUAAUUAGCAAUAUUGAAAAAUUAGAUAAAAGCGCCUCGAACAUUAGAUUAGAGUUAUCUGAAAGAGUCGAUAAAUUGCAAGCACAUUCACAUUUAUACAAGUCUUAUUCUCAGUUGUUAACACAAUCACUGGCACAUAGAAUAGAUUUUUUUGUGACAGAAUUCAAACACAAUCAAAAGAAAAAAACUAUAAAAUCAAAAAACGUGAAAGAUUUUCUUUUGGAUUUAUCUCGAGCUAAAACAAAGUAUAAUAAUGAUAAUAAUGAUAAAAUUUAA